UAACAUUUUGUGGGAAAUACUAUAACAAUAUAAAGAUAAUUAUAUUAUAAAACUCAAUACAUAUCUAUAUAUUUGAUAUUUUAACAAACAGUUUAUAUGCUAAAUAAGAUUUAUAGAAUAUUCAAUUUUAUAUGAUAUUUUACUAUUACUAUUUGCAUAAAAUGGGAAUAAUUUACACAAUAUACUGAAUAGUUAGUGAAUACGAUUGAAUAUAAAGUCAGCUGAUCAACGUCGCGCAAUCGCAGUUACAUUACUGCAUAGGCGUAAAAGAAAAGCUAUUUUGAACGAAACAUAAGUUUACAGCUGUGUGUGCAUAAUUGAAAAGAAGUGAAUCAAAAGUAAAACGGGGAAAUUGGAUCAGAAUAGAAUAUUGGAAUAUCCGUUAAUUAUACGAUCAUCGAAAAAAACAGUGGAGAAUUUUAUUGCAUUACGCCAUGUUCGCUGAUGUGAGGAAAAUACAUCAGAUGUAUUGCAGAUUUCGUGCAAAAUGUCUAUGUUAGAAAUUUCUUAUGUGCUCCGAAAUGAUACUCACAUGUUUAUUCAAAGUAGCACAACGUUUAUUUUAACAUACAAGCCACAACGUGAUAAGUAAUCCAUUUAGUUGAGGAAGAAAACGAUAUGUAUGAAUAUCGUACAUGGUUUUUUUUAAACAUCUUUUUUUGGAUCCUGUAGAAAACUUCUAACGAAAAAUAUCGCUACCUUUCUGGAAACUAACGAUCUAUUUGUCAAUUAAUUGACAAACAUGUAUACAUUCAAACCAUUUGUGUUCAUGAAGCACGAAGCACAGAGUGUAGAACGUCCAAAAGCUAGAAGUGGGCAUAGAAUAGUCUGUGAUCAUAAGAACUUAUAUUCUUAUGGCGGAUUCAAUCCUUGUAUCUCUGAUACUGAUCCUGAUAUGCAAAAUGAUCAGACGUGGAUCUCUAGUAAACCACUCUUCAAGGAAGUUUGGAAAUUUAAUCUUGUUACACAACAAUGGAAACGCUUACCAGGUCAGGAUAACAUGCCCAAUGAAUUAGCAUCUAACGCAGUGAUUUUAAGAGGCAAUGCUCUGAUGGUUUAUGGUGGAACUGGUGUACCAUUUGGACAUAGUUGUAGCAAUCAUCUUUAUGUGUGCAAUGUUAACGAUGGUAGAAUGUAUAUAGUUCCUGCAAAGGGAGAUCUACCUGAACCUCAAUAUGGACAAGCUUUAAUAUGUCAUGGGUCAUAUUUAUAUACUGUUGGUGGUACUACAGGAUAUGAAUAUACUUGUGAUAUUCAUAGAUUUGAUCUUAGGACUGGUGUUUGGGAAACUGUUUACAUAUGUUCUGGAAGAGACCAGAGUGAACCUACGGGACGAUAUAGACAUGAAUUAGCUUUUGAUGGGAAACUUAUAUAUGUUUUGGGAGGUGGAACAGCUACAGAAGCAUUUGGUUUCUCAGAAAUUCCUGCCUUUGAUCUAGAAACAAAUAAAUGGAUAAUAUUAAACACAUAUAGUGAUAAUGAUGAUAAUACAGUACCAGAACCUAGACGAUGUCAUGGAUCGGUGCAGUAUACAGAUGAGAAAACAGGUGUCACGUCAGUAGUAAUCUCUGGAGGAUAUAAUGGAGAUCAUGUCUUCUCAGAUGUUUGGAGAUUAGAUUUAAAUCUACUACAGUGGACAUGUUUAAGAAAAUGUAUACUUCCCUGUCCUGUGUAUUUUCAUUCUGCAGCUCUUACUCCGGAAGGACGCAUGUAUACAUUUGGUGGUAUCAUUAAAGAAAAUAAUAAGGUUGUAAGGACAGAUGCAGUUCAUUCUGUUUGGUUGACAAUUCCUAAAUUAUCAGAAAUAUGUUGGCAAGCAUUAAUUCAUUACUGUCCAGACUUAAGGCACAAGUCACAAGAUGAAUUACUUCAUAUGGGUAUACCUCUUAAAUUUGUGCAAAGAAUUGAUUGGUAUGAUGCAUAAUAUUUAAGAACUUUUUUGAUAUUUGCUACUCAUUCAAAGCGUUACCACUCCAACCAUUGUUACCAGUUACUUAUUGCAUGAAUAUUGUAAUUGUUGAACAUUAUUGCCAUUAUUUAUUUACAAUAUUUUUAUAAAAGAGGUACAUAGUGUGUUGCGCAAUUAAUAUGACAAAUAUUAUCAAUGGAUCACUUUCUUCGAAUUUACUUAUAUCGUGCAAUAUUUUACAUACUGAAUGAAAUUUUACACAUAAAAUAUAUGUAUUAAAAACAGGAGGAAAAUUCAUAUAAACAUAUAUUUACAAAUGUAUACUAAUGUCAAAAAAAAAUUUCAAAUAAGUAUACUAAAGUUAAAUUUAAUUUCGAUAAAAAAGCGUUAUACAUUUUUUUUCUUUUUUUUUUUUUGUUCAUCGUGGCAAAUUGAAGUGAAGCUACAGUUUUUGGCAUACGUAUAAUGUAAAGUACAUAUAAUAUUUUUAAAAUCUUUCUAUUUUUUCUUUUCUUUAUUAUAAUUCGUGUACAUCUGCGAAUGAUCUAAAAUUGUAGACUCAAAAAAUUUAUAUAAAGUUUUUUUUACAUAAAAUUUUACUUAUAAAAAGAAAUGUAAAAUCUUUUUAUAACUUCUUUAUCGAAGUUUGAAUUGUUUAAUUAACGUUUGAAUUGUUUAAUCUUUUAUCUUUGAUAAAGUAGAUUCUCAUAAUGAAUAAAGAAUCGGAUUACAUGUUAUAUAUAGUUAUUAGCAAAUAUGCUUAUUAAUUUAGUUAUAUAAUGUCGCAACAAGAAUGCGUGUAAUACCGUAAAUUUUCGUUAUAAACUAUACAUAAAUCUUGUUAGAAGACUAUACUUUUUUUUCUUUGUUAGCACUACAAUACAUUCUUCAUUAAAAUUCACUACAUCAUUGUACAUACAUAUAAAUAUAAAUAGGCAGUAAUGCAUUCAUUAAUAGAAGAAAUUAGCUGCACACUGCAAUAUAAUAUAUAUAUAUAUCUUUAAGUGAAAAGAGGAAAAUUAAGUAUGUGUGUCAUGUGAAACAAGACAUCGAAAAAAUGUUUUACUUUGAUUACAAUAAUUGUUCAGUUCAAUAUGUUGAAGAGUAAAUUUAUGUAGUAUAUACUAAUAUACUCGUUAUGUGUAGUAUAUACUAAUAUACUCGUUUUUCAUAUAUUACAGUAGAAUCUUGAUUAUCCGAACAUCUAUUGUCUAGGUAAAUAUCUCAGAGAAAUUAAUAGUAUUAGUGUAUAGUUUGAAAGAAAUAUGCAUUCAGCAAUUCAAAAAGAAAACAAAGAUGAACAGAAUUAGUUCUAAUAAUCGAAGUUCUAUUGAAAUCAGUAUAUAAAAUUUUUCUUCUGUUUAUAGUAAAUAA